AUGACUAAUAAAACAAAAACAAAACUUACGUCGGAGGAAGAGAAAAGUGAGAGAGGUAGAGAGGAGGAUAGGAGGGAUGGCUCGCGGACUCGGAGCCCACUUUUUCGAGCCCCGAGUGGCUUGGCAUCAGAGUCGGAUUCAGAAGGCUCCAGGACAUCAUCCAGGACUGGUGCUGCAAGUCGCGGUAGAUCGUCAGCCAGAGGUCGUAGCACUGGCAUUGCUAAAGCCAGAGCCGAAUUGAGAGAGGCCAAAGAGGAAGCGCGAGAGGUACAAUUCAACCAAUAUCUGAGGGAUCGCGUGUACCGCAAGGAGACGCCUGCGGUAGUAUCGGACCCCGAAGAGGUACCUCAGGUCCAUGUAGACGACCCAAGUAAACUCAGUGCUGACGAGUUGCGGGCCCUCGGCGACCACAAUGUGGCGAAUAUAAUCCAGGUCGCUACCAAGUCGGGGAACCUUAAAGGAACCUGGGUGAAGCGCCUGAAAGACGCGGCCAACAAGCUUCAAGAGGUUGUGGACACCCUGGCCGCCAGAACCGUUGCGGAGGAGACCCGCCGGCUGAGAACCGAUAACGAUCGCUUACGUAGUGAGGUUGAGACUCUCAAAAACGAGCUGAAGGCUCAUCGGCGGGAAUUCAGUGACAUGAGGGCCUCUAUGGCUGCCGCUGCAAAGGGCACUUCCGCGCCCAGUCUAAGCGGUGACCUUAUCGAGGAAUUGAAGGCCUCCAUUGUUUCCUCGGUGGGCCUCAUUUUAGACGCUCGGUUUGCGGGAAUUGAGGAGCGACUUCUGCCCGAAAGGGUGCAUCGCCCGCCGUUGUCAUCGGACCGGAAACGAUCAAGGGUGCCGGCAUCUCAGCCGGUCGCUUCCUCUGUGGCAGCCCCGAAUGAACCGGAAACCCGGGACACCAUGACUGACCCAUCUCCUGCUGGAACCACGGAGUCUGCUGCGGGUCCGAGCCACUCUCAGCCGACUGCCAAUGACUGGGCCACAGUUGUAAAGAGAAGGGGGAAGAGAAAGAAAGUCCCUACCCCCGUAGCCUCGGCAGCCACUCCCGCGGCUAAUUCUGCCAAGCCUGCUAAGCCAAGGCUGGCCGCCCCAAAGACCGCUGCGGUUGUUAUUACCUUGCAGCCGGAGGCAGCGGAGAGGGGUGUUACCUAUUCCCAAGUCUUGGAGCGGGCCGAGCAGAGUGUUGAUCUGCAGGAGUUUGGCAUUGCUGAGGGCAUGAGGAUAAGCCGAGCUGCAACUGGCGCCAGGUUGCUGGAACUUCCCAGGAACCAGACACAAGAGCAGGCCGAAUUGUUGGCAAGUAGACUUCGGACGGCUCUGGACGGUAUUGCAAGCGUCGUUCGUCCUUCCCAAUCCGCGACUCUUAGGGUUACCGGACUCGACGAUUCAGUCACGAAGGAAAAGGUGGCCUCCGCUGUGGCGCGAGUGGGGAAUUGCGCUGCUCAAUCAAUAAGAGUCGGGGAAGUACAGACUGGUCCCAGGGGGAUGGGAUGGGUAACCGUGCAUUGUCCCGUUGAGGCGGCCAAAGUGUUGUCCGAUGCCGGCAAGCUCCGUGUUGGCUGGAGCUCCGCUGAGGUUCGCGUGCUCGAACGACGCCCCCUGCGCUGCUACAAAUGUCUUGGUAUUGGGCAUACAAGGCCGGUCUGCCCUUCCACGGUGGACCGGGGGAAUCUGUGCUUCCGGUGCGGAUGUGACGGCCACAAAUCUCUGGCUUGCUCGAGAGAGAUACGUUGUGUGGUGUGCGCGGAUGCAGGGCUGCCUGCAAACCACAUAAUGGGAGGAAAGAACUGUAGUCCUCCCCACACAAAGGGUGGGCCAGUUCCAGGAAAUCAGACCACUGUCAACGCUGGACGUGACCAAACACAGGAGGGAUCUGAUAUGAUAUCAUGA